AUGGUCGCAGGGCUGCUUCGGGUCGAGGUCGUCGACGUCUCCUACUACCUCGCCAAGCCGCUGCCAGCGAGAGCGGCGCAUGCGCUUCCCGAAGGUCCUUGCUACGAGCGCGCGCGGGCCGUGCCCGUCGUCCGCGUCUUUGGCGCGACGCCGGAAGGCCCCAAGUGCUGCCUGCACGUGUUUCCGUACUUUUACAUGCGCUGCGAGAGCGACCCGGCGUUCGACGAUAUCGAGAGCCUCAUGGCGCUGCUGCCGACGAUCGGCCGGGACAUCGAAGCCGGUCUCCGGACGCUCGCGACAGCGCAAGAAGGCGACAAGACGAAGGCGAAAGGUCCCAUGCCACCGUCCAUCGCCAAGCUUGUGAUCGUCAAGGGCAUCCCGUUCUACGGGUACCAUGCGGCCGAGGAGUUCUUCAUCAAGGUCUUCUACUACGACCCGGCCAAGACGAGUCGCAUCGUCCAAGUCGUCGAGAGCGGACUUGUCGCGAGCCGCGUCUUCCAGCCGUACGAAGCCCACAUCCCGUAUUUGCUUCAGAUGUUUGCCGACUACCAUAUCGAAGGCAUGAACUACCUCCGCGUGCGCAACGCGACUUUUCGGACGCGGGAAGGGUCGACGUUGGAGUGGCCGAUCCGCCAAAGCAGCUGCGCGCUUGAAGCUGACGUGUCGUGCAAGAACAUACUGAACCCCCACUACAUCAACGGCGCGGCCGACGCGUGCUACGUCCCGUCGCUCUCGACGCUCUGGGAGGAAGAGAAGCAGCGCCGGCGGGACCAAGGCCUCGCGGCGACCCCCGAGACAGCGCCGAGUGUUCCACGCCACGAGGUGCAACAAGGAGAAGCGUCGCCCGAGGAGACGGAGGUGCGGGGACCACUGUCGCAGUCGCAUUUUACCCGGCGCAUGUGGGCAUCUCUGAACGAGAUCCUCGCGCAAACAACGUCGGCGCUCGAUACCUCGAUGCGGAGUGAGAGCGAUGGCGACUACUCGGGCGGCCUCGACGACUCGACGUUUGCGUACAGCCAAAUGGAGCACAGAGACGACGAGAACGCGGCGGAGGACGCGCCGGACGAGUUGUUGUUGCUGCUCUCGCGUCUCCAAGAAGCGCGCGAAACCGAGUGCGACGAUGUUCACGGCGAAAGCGCUGACGAUGGCGACGCGACGGACGAUGAGAUGUCGGAAGAAGCGCUUGACGGGCGGGCCAUUUUGGACUCGCAGAGAGCGUACGAGCGCGCGUGCUCCCAAGAGGUGCCUCUCGACGCAUUGGAGGAGGACGCGACAGAGUCGUCAGCAGCGUGGUGGGAGCGCGACCAGUCCAUCUGCGAAUCCCAAUGCUCGAUCCAAGCGCUCGGUGCGCCGCGGGUGACGCAAUCGCCGGAACGGUCGCAAGUGGAUGAUGUCGGCAUGGACAUGGAAACGACGCAGCACAUACCGAGCCAGCAGCUGAUUCGUCGGACGUGGCAGUACGCGGUGCCGCCGCCGUCGCUGCACGACCUCCUGCCGCUGCCGCCCUCGACGACGCCGGCCGUGCACUACAGCGUAGCGUCCGAUGUACCGGAGAAGCCGGUGGUCUUUGCUGGUCAACGCUACGCCUUUCCCAAACCCGGCAUCGACCAUCUGCCGCCCUUCCCGAGCGCCAGCCCGAGUCUCCAGUCGCUUCAGAAGGACACGUCGUUUUCUCAUGUACGCCAUUACUCUACCGAGCAUAUCAACUUAAUGCUGUACGCAGCGCAUGCGGCGACGACGGACGCCCCUUCGCCUCCCGCCGACGUUGGCCGAGCUUCAAGCGACUGCGCAAAGCGCAUCCCCACAACCUUGUCGGGGACAACGCAGCCCGCGGUGCCCCGGCCGUCCCACUUGCACAUUUCCAACAUCACCAUCCUGUCCUUGGAGGUGCACACCAAUACGCGCGGGGACUUGCUGCCGGACCCGGCCUUUGAUGCUGUCGAAGCCAUUGCGGCGGUCGUUGACGUGACGUUCCAGGAGGUGCAGACGCGUCGCUACCACCUUCUGAUCGUCGACGCGGCGCCGUCCAAAACGACGCACAUGACACUGCACGGACACGUGUACGAGGUCGAGUACCUCCCGUCCGAAGCCGCGCUCAUUGAACGACUCGUGGCGUGCGUCCAGCAUUGGGACCCCGACUUUCUCGUGGGGUUUGAAAUCCAGCAGGCUUCGUAUGGGUACCUCAUUGACCGCGCGGCCGCCCUCGACCCGCCAAUCAAUUUGAUUCAAGUGCUCUCACGGCUCCCACGGACGCGAAUGGACGCGCGCAACCAAGCCGCGGCAGAUGGCAACGUUGGCGCCAUGUACGGCAUGAAGAAAGCGUCGGGCAUUUGGAUGUACGGCCGGCACAUUCUCAACCUCUGGCGCUGUGCGCGGUCCGAGCUCAAGCUCGCGCGCUACACGUUUGAAGCCGUUGUGGCGAGCGUGCUGAAGCGGCCUUUCCCAAAACACUCGCACGCGACGCUAACGCAGUGGUAUACAUCGGGCGGGUCGCUUCGCCUUCGAGCGCUCGAGGCGCUUGCCGCCCACACGGAAGUGACGCUCAAGCUCAUGGAUCGUCUUCAGCUCAUCACACGCACGAGUGAGAUGGCGCGGCUCUUUGGCAUUGAUUUUUUCUCGGUGCUCUCCCGAGGCUCGCAAUACCGCGUCGAGGCGGUCAACAUUCGCGUCACGAAGCGACUCAAGUACAUCAUGGUGUCGGCCAACCGCGCGCAAGUCGCUGCACAGCCUCCGAUGGAAGUGAUUCCGCUCGUCAUGGAGCCGCUUUCAUCGUUUUACGCCGAGCCCAUCGUCGUGUUGGACUUUCAGUCGCUCUACCCGUCGAUGGUGAUCGCCUACAACAUUUGCUACUCGACGUGCUUGGGGCGCCUCGUCAACGGCCUCGAUCCGUCGCUCGAGACGGUGCUGGGCGUCGUUGCGGACCAUCACGUCGACGUCGACGCGCUCCGGGCCGCGGGAAACAGCACGAUCAUUACGCCCAACGGCGCGCUCUUUUGUCCCAAAGCGAUGCGCACCGGGGUGCUGCCGCUCGUGCUCAACGAGAUUCUCUCGACGCGCAUCAUGAUCAAGCAAGCCAUGAAACAAGUAAAGAUAGUCGACAAGCGACUGCUCAAGGUGCUCGACGCACGCCAACUCGCGCUCAAGAUGAUUGCGAAUGUCACGUACGGCUACACGGCCGCGAGUUUCUCGGGGCGCAUGCCGUGUGCGCAGAUCGCCGACGCCAUCGUGCAUUCGGGCCGCGUGACGCUCGAAGCCGCGGUCCGUCUCGUCGAGUCGCACCCAAAAUGGCACGCCAAGGUCGUCUAUGGCGACACAGACAGUCUCUUUGUGCAGCUGCGCGGCCGGUCGCUCGCCGACGCCUGGGCGAUCGGCCAAGAAAUCGCCAACGACGUGACAGCGAUCAACCCGAAACCCGUGUGUCUCAAGCUCGAAAAGGUCUACAUGGGCUCGUUCCUUGUCUCCAAGAAGCGCUACGUCGGGUACAAGUUUGAAGGCCCGACCCACGUUAAAGGCGUCCUCGACGCCAAAGGCAUUGAGACCAUCCGGCGCGAUUCGUGCGGCGUUGUGCAAAAGCCCAUGCGUCGUUGGCUCGAGCUCAUGUUCAAAACGCGGGAUGUCUCGGCGGGAAAAAAGUACCUCCAGACCUAUUGGCGCCACAUGCACAGCCAGCGCAUUCCGCUGCGCGAGUACAUUUUUGCAAAGGAAGUCCGCCUCGGCACGUACGCCGGGCAGGGACCGCCAGCGGUGCUGGUCGCGACGAAAGCGAUGGCCAAGGACCCGCGCGCCGAGCCGCGGUACGCCGAGCGCGUGGCCUACGUCGUCGUGCGUGGGCCACCCGGCGCACGGCUCAUGGACCUCGUCGUGCCGCCCGAGGCGCUCGUGCUGCACCAAAAGUACACGCUCAACAUCGAGUACUACAUUACCAAGCAGAUCUUGCCGAGCUUUGAGCGCCUCGCACUGCUCAUGGGCGUCAACGUUCGCCAGUGGUACAUGGAGCUUCCGCGCGCCGUUGAGAAGGCGACGACCCACCGCGGCGCAUCGUCCGUCAUGCGCAUCGAUGCGUACUAUACGAGCCAGCACUGCGUGCUCUGCGGCGUACUGAACCUCCAUCCGCGCGGCCUCGCCGCGGGCGACUGGCUCUGCGGCGACUGCAAGGCGACAUCGGGCCCGAGCUACUUUUUGCUUCAGAACGAGGCGAGCAGUCUCGAGCACCAGCUCAACGCCGUGCGCCACGUGUGUCUCCAGUGCUUGGGGAGUACGACGUUUGGGGCAACGUGGCAUGACCGCACUCGGAUGGUAUGUCACAAUGACGACUGCGAUGUGUGGAGUGUGUGGCUGCGCGCCGCGACUCUGUAUGAAAAGUGCGGGGCGUACCAUACCUUGGUCGAAGAGCAAAGAUAA